ACGGAGCAAAUAAAGUACGUCACAUACUAUAAUAAUAUAUAAGGACCGAGAGAGAUCUCCUGUGCAUGCCAAUAAGAGCUCUGUGCUAUCAUCAUGUCCUUGAUUCGUGUCGGCCUGAUUGGCCUGUCCAGCAGUGGUGCUGAAAACCCAGAGGAGGGUGCGUCCUGGGCUGCUAAUGCUCAUCUUCCAUUCCUCAAAGCGUCCCCGCACUUCGAGAUUGUUGCCUUGUUGAAUAGCUCUCUUGAUCGUGCGAAGAAGGCCAUUACACAUUACGGUCUGUCACCGGAGACGCGAGCAUAUGGUGACCCCCAAGAAUUUGCCAAUGACCCCGCAGUGGAUCUGGUCGUGUGCUGCGUCAGAGUCGACCGUCAUCUUUCCACUCUUCGGCCCAGCAUUGAAGCUGGGAAAACACUCUAUGUGGAAUGGCCCCUGGAUCGCAAUUUCGCCGUUGCACAAGAGAUGGCCUGGCUGGCGAGAAAACAUAACGCGAAGACAAUUGUGGGCCUGCAGGGCUCAUAUGCACCCGUUAUUCGAAAGAUGAGAGAAGUUAUUGGCAGUGGUUCGAUAGGACGAGUCCUGUCAAGUACCCUCGUCGGUGCAGCUGGUUAUGGUGGCGCAACCCAAAGCAAACGUAUCCGGUAUUUUCUUGAUCACCAAAUUGGAGGAAAUAUGCUUAGUAUCCUGGGUGGGCACUUGUUGGAAUAUAUGAGUUCCGUCCUUGGAGAGUGGAAAUCUGUGUCCAGUACUUGCGCCAUAAGCUGGCCUGUCAAAGAUAUCACUGACCCGGAUGACGACAACAAAAUAAUCGAACAAGCAGUGCCAAAUACGGUCCCGGACCAAAUCCUCUUGCAUGGAUUUACAGACUCGAACGCAUUCGUGACAGUUAGGCUCCACGGAUGUCUUGGACCACCAAACACACCUCAAGUAGACUGGAGAAUCCAGGGAGAAAACGCCUGGUUGAGGGUCACUUCUAGCGGUCCCUAUAUCAAUGUGGGAUAUCCUGAAACAAAAUUGGAGCUUUACGAUAUGGAAUCUGGAGAAGUGAAAGAACUAGUGCCCGAGAUAAAUGACUGGAAUUCUCUGCCACUGCCGGCUCAAAAUAUCGCUGAUCUAUACGACGCUUGUCGUAAAAAUCAUUGGUAUCCUGAUUUUGAUUGGGCACUCAAAAGACAUGAGCAAAUUGAUCAAAUCUGGAAUCAAUACAAAAGUUCUGCUAGAGAUAUUUAA